CGGACCAGUACACGAAACAUAAACUCAGUUAAAGUAUAUAAAGCCUUAGAGCUUACCCGGUGCAGCAGACUGAUUACGAGCCGGCACACGGCGACAAAUGUGAUUCGAUAGUAUUAAGGAUACAUAUAAGAAAUGGCAGCUAUUCAUUUAUUUAUGGUACUCCUCUUAGGGAGUACUCUAUCAUUGAGCAAGGAAAUAGAACAGAAAAAAGUAUCUGAACUAUUAGAAAACGGAAUCAAAGAUGAACCAUCUGGAAAGCCCGCUAAGAGGGGUAUCUAUUCCACGGGACACGGAUACAUCUCAUCCGGCCUGUCUCACGGAAUAGGCAUCGGAGGUGGUCUUGGCGGUGUAAGAAUUGGCAGUGGAAUUGGAAUCGGCAGUGGAAUCGCUGUAGGUAGCGGUAUUGGCAGUGGAAUCGCUGUCGGCAGUGGAAUCGGUCUCGGAGGCGGUAUCGGAGGUGGUAUCGCUGUCGGCGGACCUGGAAUAGCCGUGGGUGGUGGAGCCAUUGCCGCCGGACCAGCUAUCGCCGUCGCCGCUGCGCCCGCCGUCGCAGUCGCGCCCGCCCCCGCCGUGCAGACAUCAGUCUCAGUUCAACCCAACCCAGUCAUUCUACGCCAGGAGGUUCCCCGCUUCAUCACAAGAACCAUCACCCGUGACGUUCAAGUACCUGUACAAGUGCCCGUACAAGUACCAGUAGACCGUCCCGUCCCCGUUCCAGUCAGAGUGCCCGUGCCGGUCCCAGUCGACAGACCCGUGCCCGUCAUCCACAAAGUCCCAGUUGAGGUUACCCGCCAAGUUCCAGUGUACUACGAGAGGAAAGUCCCAUACCCAGUCAAAGUACCCGUAUCCGUGCCGGUGCCUUACCCGGUCACAGUUGAGAAGCAGGUAGCCGUAGACCGUCCAGUGUACGUCGACCGCCAAGUGCCCGUGCCUUACCCCGUGCACGUUGACCGGCCAGUGAGCGUGCCCGUGCCCGUGCAUGUGGACAGGCCCGUGCCAGUUCCACAGCCCGUGGUAGUCGACAGGCCAGUGGCCGUGCCCCAACCCAUUGUGGUCGACAGACACAUCCCAGUGGCCACCGGCCCCGCUAUCGCUACCGGCGCCAUUAGCACCGGCGCUAUCAGCAGCGGAGCCAUCUCUUACGGCUCGGGCAUCUCCACCGGGAUCGGCUACGGCUCCUCCUACGGCGGCCUCUACGGCCACGGCUCUUACGGGGGUUCGUACGGCUCGUACGGCAUCUCCAGCAUCGGCCACUCCAUCCAUUAGUUUAAGUUAAAUUAUGUCGGAAUAUAUUCAGCAUUAUUAAAUAUACGGAUUGAAACAACUGUUUAUUUUUAUUGAAUCUUUAUUUAGAAAACAUCUUGCGAACUCUUUGUACACUUAAGUUAUUUUGUAAAGUCUGUACUUAUGCACUUUUUAUGUUAUUAAAUUAAUAGCUUUA